AUGACCAGCCCCUGUGACAUGACCAGCGGAAUUCAGUGUGAUAACCGGCCGCUCCCUUCAUCUUCUGCCGUCAACACAUUCACUCAGGUCGGGUUCACGGGAACGUCUCGCCUUCAGUACCAACAGCAGCAGUUACCGACGUCGUCAGCCACAACACCGGGGCAACUCUCAGACGCCCGCGUUCUGGAAGACGUUCGAUUAGAAAGAAGCUUAGGUUUGAGUUUAGAAGGAGUUAAACAGUUUUACACCGAGGAUCCUCCUAGCGUGAGCUCGAACGUGAAGUGCGAGAUGAAUUUAGCGGGAUCGUUUUCCGAUCCUGGCAGUGGAGAGUCCUAUUACUUCUACAACUAUAACCCCUACGGUCAGAGGUACGUGCCGGUCACUUCCGAGGUCAAAAAUGAAAAUUGCUAUUACCCAAACAAUACAGGUACAGACAGUUUUACUGGACAUUGGACAACCUACAGUUGUGGGAUGCCAAGUCAUCAAGUCUCACCCCCGGUCACUCCAGAUAAUCUCACAGCCAGAUAUCCUUACCAGAGUGAACCUUACACUGUCAUUCCAGAUAAUCUCACAGCCAGAUAUCCUUACCAGAGUGAACCUUACAGUGGAUUUCAGCCAGGGAUGUCAAAAAUGCAAACUGGACUAUUACAUCCUCAUUCUUCCUCCAGCGUGCCCCCAAAUCCUAGUCAUACCAGGAUGGUGACACCACCCACUUCUCCUCAUCUAGUGGGGUUCCUGGCUGCUGGAAGAGCAUCGUUUUGCGCUGAAGGUAAUCUACAACCUCCCCCUUCUAAACCUAGGCGGGGUCGUCGAUCGAGAGGUCCCAAGAAAGUGACUGUCCACACUUGUUCGUAUGCAGGGUGUAUAAAAACUUAUUCUAAGAGCUCCCACCUGAAGGCUCAUCUCCGGACCCACACCGGCGAGAAGCCUUACGAGUGCACGUGGAAAGGAUGUGGCUGGAAGUUUGCACGUUCCGACGAACUGACCAGACACUACCGGAAACACACCGGCGAUAGACCUUUUCAGUGUCGCCUGUGUGAACGUGCUUUCUCUAGGUCCGACCAUCUGUCGCUUCACAUGAAGAGACACGUAGAAAUUGUCUAA